AUGGGUCGGGUUGAACUGGCAGGUACCGAACCGGUGCUGCUGCGGGCUCGGUCCUUGCAGCGAGUGAUGUGCCAGAUGAACUUUUCCUUGACGAAGUCUGAGGCGGUCGGUCCUUACGGCCUGGAUCUUGGUCUCUACAGAAAGCCGGCCUCAGGUCCUUCCAUCCCCGUGUUCUCGACGCUCAGCUUCUUGCCUGGCCGGCCGUCGAUCUCCAGUCGGCCCGAGCGCUUUGAAAAGUUUUAUACGCCUCGAGAGAACGUGCUCAACGAAUGCAUCAAGCGAGAGAUCGAACGGAUAUGUUUCGAGGAGGGGGACGAGAGCAAGCGCAUAGUCUACGAUUCCACUGGCGCCUCGCCAUUUGUCAGGGCAGAAGACCGAGAUCGGCUGCACAUCGACGACCUUCCCUACUACCUGCCAGUGAACGAAUCGGACAGCACCCUCAUCUUCGAGUCACGGUUCUAAAGCGGUAACCUGCGCAGAGCAGUGCAAGUAGGCCCCCACGAGUACGACCUCAUCCUCCGGCCAGACUCUAACACCGAGACCCAGACGCAGUGGUUUUUCUUCUCGAUCGCGAACACCCGCAAAAAAGCAGAAUACACGAUCUGCAUCGUGAACAUGGUCAAGCCAGACUCCCAGUACAACGCGGGGAUGCGACCGCUGGCGUACUCGGUGCGAGGGGCCGGCCAAGGCGAGGGCUGGCACCGGGCCGGCCAGGACGUCUGCUACUACUCCAACGUCCUCAAAAAGAGGGCCGGAGGGUACUACUACUCCCUGGAGUUCAAAAUCCGAUUCGAGCAUGACCACGACACGGUCUACCUCGCGCACUCCUACCCUUACACCUACACCGACCUGGCCGUCUUCCUGGCGCAGCUGGACGCGAAGCCCCAGCUGCGGCCUCUGCUGCAGCGCAGACCGCUCUGCACCUCGCCCGCCGGCAACCCCUGUGACUACCUGCUGAUCAGCGAGUUCAACAACGGUAAGGACAAGAAGGCCAUCGUCCUGACCUCCCGCGUGCACCCCGGUGAGUCCAUGGUCAGCUACAUCAUCGAGGCGGUCAUCGAGUAUCUCCUCGGCGACUCCCUCGAGGCCCGGGCCCUCCGCCAGAGCUUUAUCUUCAAGAUCGUCCCGAUGCUCAACGUGGACGGAGUGAUCCAUGGCAACUACCGCACAGACCUGCAGGGCUUCGACUUGAACCGGGUUUGGGCGGACCCCAACAAAAAGCAGCAUCCGACCAUUUUUGCCGCCAAGGGACUUAUCCGCAAAACCCGUGAGGAACGGUCGAUCGCCUUCGUCUGCGACUUCCACGGUCACUCCCGCAAGCGCAAUGUGUUCGCCUACGGCUGCGAAAGGGACCCAGGCCGACAGGAGCAGGUCUUCCCGCUGCUGAUGCGGGACAACUGCUCAGUGUUCAGCUUUCGGGACUGCUCCUUCCUGAUCCAGAAAGACAGGGAAGGGACAGCCCGGGUGGCCCUCUGGCGGUAACUGAACAUCCCCUACUCGUACACCCUGGAGGUGUCCUUCUCGGGGGCGGACUUCGGCAAGUACGAGCUGGUGCACUUCAACCGGUCCAUCUUCGUGGAGGUGGCCCAGGGAUUCUGCAAGUCCCUGAAGGACCUGUUCGAGGCGGACGUGCCAAAGCUGACGGCCCUUUCAGAAGAGCUGCAGCAGGUCCGGCACAAGCGGCGAGAGGAGCACGACUCCGACAACUCGGACUACGACUAG